AUGUUCCACGGCGGUUUUUCGGAUCCACGGCAUGACUUAUACACGGUCGGCUGGAUCUGUACACUAUAUAUAGAUCUGGUAGUAGCUCGGGCUAUGCUGGACGAGAUUCACGAACCCCUGCCAAUGUGUACAGACGACAGCAAUGUCUACGUCCUCGGAAACAUCAACCAGCACAAUGUGGUUGUUGCAUGUUUACCGGUAGGGCAGUACGGAGUAGGUCUUGUAGCGAAAGUCGCGACCAACAUGUCCCGAACUUUCCCAAGAAUUGGCGCCUGCCUGAUGGUAGGGAUUGGUGGUGGUGUACCAAGCGAUACAGCUGAUCUGCGCCUGGGUGAUGUCGUCGUUGGAACAAGAGUGAUGCAGCUUGAUCAUGACAAAGUUGAUGACGACGGACACCUACUGCCAACAGCACCCAGGCUUCCUCCCCAGUAUUUCGCGUCGGCUGUAUCUGCCCUACGUGCGACGCACGAAUUACAUCCCAGUCGAAUCCCCACAAUCCUGCAACAGAAGCUAGCUUCUUUACCCGCGUUUCAUCGCCCAGACAUCCCUGAUCGCCUUUUCGACGCGACGUAUGUCCAUGAAUCUGUAGAUCAUGGCUGUGACGCGUGCGACCCGUCAAAGCUUGUGAGACGGGGCAGCCGAAGAGGGGAUAAGUUCAUGAUUCAUUACGGCGCAAUAGCUUCAGGAUUCCUUGUCAUAAAAAGUGGCACGACUCGGGAUUACGUGGCUCAACGACUAAAAGUUAUAUGCUUUGAAUUGGAGACUACUGACCUUAUUGAUAAUUUUCCUUGUCUCCCGAUCCGGGGAAUCUGUGACUACUCGGACUCUCACAGGAGUAGAGAAUGGCAAAAAUAUGCCGCAGCGACUGCGGCCGCAUACGCCCGGGAACUCAUCGAGGAACUACCUAUGACUGACGCUACGUGCAUGCAUGAUCCGAGUAAGGUUUCUCUAGAACUUGGGGAUUGCUGGUCAGUCCUGCUUACACCAACAAUUAGAUCAUCAUACGAAAUCACGGGUAGGAUUCCACAGACGGAACGUACCUCCAUUGCGCCGCCAACAGAUUCUGGAUACGCAUCUACUACCCACCAGAAGGUUCUGUACGAAGAAGAAUACCGCACAGAAUAUCUUCACGACGUUCAAAACAUAGCCUCUGCUGAAGGAUUCUCGUCAUCUCCGGCCGCAGCCAGUCCGAGGAAUGCAAAACAUGAUCACGGUAAUGACACCGAAUCUAUUUACACAGCUGGGCCUGGCAUUUCCCCUUCGGGCCUGCAGGGCUAUAUUUCCGAACUGGUCGAUGAUUUAUCUGCGAAAGUCCAGUAUGAUCAAGAUUCCCAGCGUCUUUCCGACAGGGUUCACAGCGUUCUUCCUCGGUUGUUAAAAGCAUUUGCAAUCAAAUUUGGCCAAUUCGGAUCGACUCAGAUGCACCGAGAUAUCAUGGUCUUUAUCCGUCGAUAUAGGGAGGAGAUUGCAAGUAGCUUGAGAACGAGAUACCUGGAAGACGGCCAGACCACCUCCCAAGACUCAGCACAUGACGUCACAAAAAUGCAUCUAGACGAUAUCAUGGAUCUCUGGCACCAGAAUUUGGAGGGCCCAAAUUAUGAUGUCGGCAAUCCACCAGACGACAAUGGAUCAGAGAUCUCAAGUGUCGACGACAGUGUACCUCUUGCUGAAGAUCAUGACGAGGACCUCCCUGGACUUGCAGCCUACAAGGAGUUGAUAACCAGCAAUCCAAUGUACGAAUGGCUACUUGGAAGCAUCCGGAGGGAACUUAACUUGCACCCGGCGGAGCCAAACGCUCAGAAUGAUAUUCGCAAUGGAAUCCUGAGUAUCCUACCGUCGUCCCGGACAGUCAGUAGGUAUGACCAGCCAAGGAUAUACCAGGCAAAAUUCACCCUCAACUGGGAUCCAAUGGCCUUCGUCAAGGAGCAAGAGUAUGACAUGAGUAAAGAAGGAUUUCUCGGGAAGGUAGUCACAAUCACAGGGUCCAGCCAGGAUGCUGAAGCAAUGACCUGUUUGCAAUACCUUCAUCAAACAUGGCAUUCGUAUGGAAUCAAUCUCCUUCAGCUAGUCAAAGCUACGCUUAUGAAUGAUCCCGGCUAUGAAUACAGAUGUGUCCUUCCGGACAAAACAGAGCUUGCGGCAUGGGUGGAGGACGAAAACUUCAUCGUCGAAGCUACCGGGAUCGAAGAUUCAAUCGCAGAGAUUGGCGAGCAACUGGCGUGGCUAGGUUCUGCUCUCCGUUCCUCUCCCCAUGACUCCAAAAUUUCGUACUGCACACCGUUCCUCGACAGCGCUAGCGUCGAAAACCCUUCGAGUCCAACGCCGCAAGCAGCAUAUAUCACGAAGGUCUCGUACUUUAUCGAUUUCAGAUUCGUCGAUGAAGAGCAUGUGAGUCCUCCGUCGUCAAUUGGACAGUGCUGGCACCACUUAUUUCGAAAUCCAACCGUGGUGACGGGCUUUCCAAUACCAUACCGUUCAAAACAGGGCACUGGCCUCGAGAUCCCAUUAAACAUCUUGGCAGGACUAGUCCAGGCGAACCACAUCGAUGUCUUUGGGGGAAGACUUUUUAUCAAGGGAUUUUCUUCCUUGUUAAUUCCCACGGAGUACAUCAGAGACCAGGGCCAGAUUAUAUGGCACCUGCUCUAUAACGUGAAUGGAGAACGCAUCUCAUAUCUGGAUGGCAUUGAAGCCCAUGGAGGCCAUAUUACACUUGCAGAUUUAGAGAUGAGCCGCCAUAUCAUUGGUUGGUGUUCGGACGCAAGAUGCUUUGCAGGCUCAGCGGAGGCCAAUUAUUCUAUUAACAGGUCUUGGUUGCGUCGACCAUCCUCUCUCUGCAGCUUGAGCAACACCUUCGUCUCAGCAGGUAGGUUGAUUACUGGCGGCGACGAGACUAUAUACGGCAACAAAGAUCUACCGUAUCGAAUUGUUCGGGACGAAUACAUUCAGAAUCUCUCGUGGGUCGCCAAGCAAUAUGUGGUAUUGUGGGAUGCGGGAGAAAGACGAGGAUGGUUGGUAAAUGGGGCUUGCGCUCUGUUACACCUUCUUCUUGCUUCGCUCCACUUCAACAAGACCGAUCCACUUGGUUUUGCAUUCCGGUUGGAUCCCACAGACAUCAAAAGCCCAGAGGAAACGUUUACUCCUCGCUCUGCUAUGGAGGUCCUCUUAAAUCCUGAUAAUCUAUCCUUGGAACUUUACCACACAAAGGAGGGCGAAGACGUCGAAACAAGAAUACCUCCAGUUCGGAUUCGAGACAGGAUUAACCAAUUGUAUAAUGUACUCUCGAAGAUAAUGGACCAUCAAGCAGAUAUUAUGAGGAGACCGAGCCAAGCACGUCGUGAUAUGUCUCGGGGCAACCUGGAAGGAUGGGAUUUCAAGGAUUUGGCGACCUAUGAAGACCCCUUGUAUCCCCGAGCUUGCAAAAUAAGGACUAAAGGGAAAUGUUGGGUUGAUUUAACCAGAGCUAUCCGUGCACCAACUCUGUUUGGGACUGGUUUUGGUGAGAUCCUUCGACCUGUUGAUACCAGCACAUCAUGCUGUUAUUGGAGCAGAUUGCCUCGGGGAAAAUCCUACCUUGCUGUUAGUGAUGGUGAUCUUGCCAACAUCAUUGAUCAGUUUGGGAACCCGAACAGUAACCCAGUGCGGCUGACCCACGAUUUGAUCUGGUGCAACUACGCAAACAAUGCUCCUCGAGCUUGCAAAUGUGUCGGUAGCCCGGAGAAGACAGGACAUUCCGAACUUGCUCAGGUGAUAUUGCCUUCACACUUGAGAAAGAGAAUACCAAAAAGCCACGAUUCUCGAUCUAAAAGUUGGGGCAAUGGUGCAGUAGUUUUCGGCUACAAUAGGGACUUGCCAUGGUCCUGGAAGGACACCGGUUUCCCUGAACAGGGAGAAGAAGCCUCGUCAUCUUCAGAGGAUUCGGGCUGGGAUUCCGAUGACGCAGUCCAUGAUUCAGGAAUUGGAACGAGCUUGCUGCCACCUACUCCUGCUGAGGGCUCUAGGGAAUUGCCUUUGUCGACAUCACAACCUGAAGGUAUGACCCAUGAGGACUACGAGGUAGGCAUUGUAUGCGCACUGUCAAAAGAGCUUCUUGCCGUACGCGCUUUAUUCGACUCGACACAUCCCGAACUCGGAAAAUAUGGAAAUGAUCCCAACUGCUAUUGUCUAGGCCGGAUAAAAAGAUUCAAUGUCGUCGCUGCAGGCCUUCCACAAGAUGACCAUGGCACAAAUUCCGCCACUAAUGUUGUGUCUCAUUUAAUCCGAACUUUCCAACGACUCAAAUUCUGUCUGGUAGUUGGAAUUGGGGGUGGAGUUCCCUCGGCGGUCAGCGAUAUACGACUCGGUGAUGUAGUCGUCGGUACUGGCGUAAUACAGGUGGAUAAGGGGAAAUGGAUUCAGGAUUCCGAGUUUCAGAUGACAGCAGACAAGAAACAACCGCCGUCUUUUCUACGAGCGGUCAUUACGAAAAUCCAGUCGGACUGCUCGGUCUCCUUCAACUCAUCCCUUAAUCCGCUUCUUGACAGUAUCAAUUUAAUCGCCUCUCGGAAACCGGAAUACCAAUACCCAGGGACAGAUAGAGACAUGCUCUUCGACACCAACCAUGUCCACGUCAAGGAUGCGUUAACUUGUGACAACUGCACCGGCACUCGAUGGCCAAGGGUCCGACAACACGACGGCCCCAGCGUUUUCUAUGGACUAAUCGCAUCCGGGAGCCAGCUCGUUCGCGAUGCAAAGCACCGAGACCGCUCGGGCAAAGAAAACGUGAUCUGUUUUGAAAUGGAGGCGGCAGGCGUCAUGAGAACUACCACGAACUGCCUGGUUAUUCGAGGAAUUUCAGAUUAUGCCGACUCGCAUAAGAACGAUAUGUGGCAGGAAUAUGCCGCUGCCACGGCUGCUGCUUAUGCCAAAUUUUUCCUGUCCCAUAUGCCCGAAAGCCUUGAUGAAUUUGCCGUCAGAGUUCCAUCACGGUUGGAAGCGCAGGCGGAGACAGUACACUUGCAGAAGCAGAAGCGGGCUGCACCUCGUUCUGAUUAUGAUCCGCCUUUGAUGUUCAAGAGGUCUCGACGAUAUUGA